AUACACAACUCAAAACUUCUUUUUCUCUCUAAAUGUAUAGCCAACAAAAGAACAGCCAGCAAGCUUCAGAGGGGACAGUAUAGACUGAGAAUAUGAGAAGUUAAAUAUAGCUGACAAUAGAACAACCAGCAGGCAAACACUGAUUCAAGAUGUAUCAAAGAAAAAGGCAGAAAACUUCACGCAGAACCCCUGAAAAAUCCGAUCUAUUCGAUGAACUACCUGAUGAUAUUGUGGUCUGCAUCCUCUCUAAGCUCAGCUCCUCCGCUUCUUGCCCUUCCGAUUUCAUUAACAUUCUAUUCACAUGCAAGAGAUUGAAUCGGUUAGCUCUUCAGCCUGUAGUUUUAUCAAAAGCCGGACCUCAAACGUUUGCUGUCAAAGCCAAAAACUGGUCAGACUCCGCUCAUCGGUUUCUCAAACUCUGCAUUAACGCCGGCAACACUGAAGCUUCUUAUACUCUAGGAAUGAUCCGAUUUUAUUGCUUACAAAACCGAGGAGUUGGAGCGUCUUUAAUGGCUAAGGCCGCUAUUAAAUCUCACGCACCGGCUCUAUACUCUCUCGCCGUUAUGCAAUUCAACGGCAGUGGUGGCUCUAAAAUCGACAAAGAUCUUCGAGCCGGUGUAUCUCUAUGUGCUCGAGCGGCGGUCCUAGGUCACAUCGAUGCUCUUCGGGAGCUAGGCCAUUGUCUCCAAGACGGUUACGGUGUUGCACAAAACAUCGCUGAGGGACGCCGGCUCUUAGUCCAAGCCAACGCGCGGGAGCUCGCGUCAUCUUUACGGUCCAUGCUGACGUGGCAACCGCAUAACCAACACCACCGACAAUACGCUUCCUGCGAGGUUAUGGAAAGCGCAGGAUGUCCAUUGUUAAGUGACUUUGGAUGUAAUGUGCCGGCUAGGGAAGUUCACCCUGCGAACCGGUUUUUGAGUGAGUGGUUCGAGUCGGGGCGCGGAUUACUGGGGCCGGGUUUGAGGUUGUGCUCGCACAGUGGGUGUGGGCGGCCCGAGACAAGACCGCACGAGUUUCGCAGGUGUUCGGUUUGUGGCACGGUGAAUUAUUGCUCGCGGGGAUGUCAAGCGUUGGAUUGGAAGUUGAGACAUAAGAUGGAAUGCGUGCCACUGGAGCAGUGGCUAGUUGUGGAGGAUGACGGUCAUGAUAAUGAGAUUGGAGCAAUGGUGGAGAUUGAAGAACGUGAAAUUGUUUGAUGAUAGUGAUUACUUUUGAUGUUACUGUUUGAUGUGGAAAAUUAAGGUAAUGUUCUUAUUUAUUAUGUUUUAUUAUUUUUCUCUUUUGUAUAUAUAAGAGAAGGUUUUGGAAAUUGCUUUGAAGUACCAAUUUAUACCAGAUAUUGUGGUACAAGUUGCGAGA